AUGUUCGGGUGCGAAGCGCUAAUCCGCCGCGCGGAUGUCCGGGCACGGAUCCGAAAGAUCCGCGGCCCCGUCGGAAACGGGAAUGUUUCCAGAGGGGAGAUCUUACUCACCGGCGAGCGGGCACCGGCAAUGGGAUACGUCGGUUUUCCUAAACUCCAUCGAUUCACGUACGCCAACCGUGACGGAUUGCCCGCGACGCGCGUCCCGAAUUGGCACCGAGAUCCGCCAAUUUCGAUAGCUCACCGAGGCCAGUUCCGCAUCGGUAUUAGCACAGCACACAGCAGGAGAGGGUAUCCUGUUCCGAGGCAGAGGGAACGGGGCAACGCGCAGGCAUCCAUGAAUGGCCCUAACGAACCCGCUGGCCUUGGCGGGACGGCCCUCCGACCCUCCCCCAUCCACCCGCGACUAGAAAUGCCCGCAUUAACAGAUCCGACACAUCGCAUUCCGAGCGAAUGCGCUUUCGAAACUCACGCCCGCGAAAAGGGCGGACAAUUAUACAGAACAGCGUGCUCAAUGAACUUACGUGUAUCCUCCAUCGCGUUGCGGGUUACAGUUAAAGCUGAUAUUCCUCCGCUGAUAUUCAACCAGCCUCAAGCCAAGAUCCACAUAACAGAAAAGGGCCGUGCCGUUGCAUUA